AGUCUCUUCGCUGACGAGCUCUGACGUCACGUCUCAGCUGUAGCGUUGAUCCAAGAUGGCGGCGGAAAUGGAACAGCAGAACGCAAGAUUGACCUAGAGUUGGGGGGCUCAUACCGGAACUGUCAGCUGGACAUGUGCCCGUUCUAAAGAGCCUGGGGCUCAGAGCCAAUUAAGCACAAUGUGGAAAUGGUAUUCUGGGGAUGAGUCAACCCUUCAAGGAGGAGCUCCAGACAAUGAGGGGAGCCCCGCUGGCACCAUGUCGGUUGCAGAUCUGACAGAACAGCUGGCACAGACCGAACAGCUGGUGGUUCAACUGAAGGAACUUAUCAGAGAGAAAGAUAAUGAGCUUCGCAAGAAGGAUCAACAGCUCAAGGAAGAGAAAGAAUCUGCAGAAUCUAAGAUAUCAAAGGCCAAGCUUCAAAAUAAAGCGAAGAUUGUAUCGCUGACAUCACAGCUGGAAGAGCUAAAGAAACAGCAAGCUUCAUCCAGACCACAUGAAAAAAAAUCUGAAAGCAAAAAGGCCUCUGGUGAUGGAGAUUACGAGAACAGUUCAGCAAAUCGAGGAAAAAUUCUUCUGUUAAAAAGGCGGGUGGAAGAAUUAGAGUCACAGCUAGCACAUAAAAAUGAAGAACUUCAGAAAAAGGAGGCUGACCUGGAGCAGCAGAGGUUGCGGGGCUCUCAGAUGGAUGCCAUGCUUAGUGAAAAAGAGCAGAAACUGGCUGCCAAAGAGGCCUAUAUUAUCGACUUGCAGAUGGCUGCAGGAUCAAACACAUCCAAAAAUGUACCCAGUUCUCAAGAUAACACCCAGGAAACAAACAAAGACACAGCUAAUCAGGAGCUGCAGAUCCUAAUCCAGAACCUUACAAGGAAAGUGGGGGAAAGUGACGAAAAGUGUAGCCUUCUCCAAGAGCAGGCCGAGAGUUUAAAAACCCUACUGAACAAAGAGAAGGAUCACUUCAAGGAGAGGGAGGCGAUGUACACGGAAAAUAUCCGGGUGUUCCAAAACUUAGUCCAGGAAAAGGAGAAAGAGCUGAAGGAACAGUCCCAGAAACACGAGCAAGACAUUUUUAAACUAUUGGCAAAAUCCGAUGCCAACGCCGAUCUGCAUCAGCUGCUCAAGGCCUUAAAACAGAAACUGCACGAGGAAGAGGAGGUUUUACUUGGGAAGAAUCAAGUGAUUGAUGUGCUACAGAAAGAACUAGACAAUAAGGAGCAACAGAAUAUGGAAAUAACCGAAAAGUGUAAGCGUCUCCAGUCCGAAAAAGAGAAUCUGCAGUCCAAGUUGGAAGCGGAGAAGCAUGUAAUGAGAGCGCAGCUAAGAGACAUGAUGGAUAAGCAUGAGACUGAGCUGCGGGGCCUGCAUGACAAACACGUUGCUCAGAUCCAGGAAAUUCAGGAGAAGCACGAGUUGGAAAUCCAGGAGAAGUGCCUGACUGUACAGCAGCUGCAGCAUCAACUUCAGAACUUGGGGAAUAACGUAGGAGAAACGGCCCAACCCACAAACAUCACAGAAAUGGCAGUCGUUAAACUUCAAGAUGAAGUCAAGCUGAAAACAGAAGAGGCAAGUAAAUCCGACGCUAAAUUCCUUAAAAUGAAGGCUUGGUCAAAGUCCAAAAUCAGACAGUUGGAGGAAGAGCUAAAAAUUUCUCAAGGCAAAAACCAGGACCUGCGUGGCUUGAGCAAUCGCAUUGUAGAAUUAGAAGAGGAGAAGCAUGAACUGGAAACAAAACUUGAAACAUUAACGGAACUUCAGGCAAUAAAUGAACAACUUUUGGCCAAGCUUGUGCUCUACGAAGAGCAGCAAAGGAAACUGCAGGCAGAUCUCGAGCAGGUUGCAAAGAGGGCAGACUCGCAGACAAGCGAGUCGGGCAGCGUGGAUGAGUUGCACAACCAGCUUCUGGAAUGGAAUGAAAUGAGCCCUGAAAUGGAAGAAGCGCCGGAGAACAGCGGCGAGGAGAAGUCUGUCCUUGCUCUGAGGAUGGCACAGAUAGAAGAGGAAAGAGAAGGACUGAUUGAGGAUGACUGGUUCUUUCCUGGCUGCUCCGAUCCAGCCAUGGACUCAGGGCAGCAGGAGCUGGAGGAGGAGCUGAGUGCAGCUCGAGGCCUGGGGAAAAUGCGACCGGCGAGGAGGAAAGGCAGCAAAGCAGCGACAAAGAUGCAGGAGGAGGAUGAUUACAGCAGAAAGGGCUUCGAUGAUCAGAACGUGACCCUGGACAGCAUCGAUUCUGCUGAGGGCGAGAACAUGGGAGGUUGGUGGGCUGAAUACGCUUCUCCUAACUCAGGCAUGUGCAAGCUUGAUGAACUGCCUAGUCUGGCUCUUGGUCAUUGUGAUGCGUUCCAUGUGGGUCCGGUAAUGUGCGUCUUCCCUUACGCUAAUGGCUUCCACACCAGUGUGGUCUCAGGAUUGCGCACGGUGGUGGAAGAGCUUGAAUUAGAGAGGAACCAACUGCAAGAGCAAAUUAUGAGCUUGGAGGAUCGUUGCCAGGAGCUGGAGGACAGAUUACAGCUCCAGCUAAGAAUUGAAUCUUUGCAGGUAACAUUUGAUGUAGAUGAAGAUGCUUUUCCCAUAAGUCAGGGUGAAAAUGAACGUUUGCAGGCGCAGCUUGGUCAGCUACGUCAGCAGCAGAACCGGGAGACUGAGAAGCAACACAGCGUUACAUCCACUCUGAGCGAACAGCUAAAGGGUUUCACAGACCGAAACGCCUUCCUCGAAAAUGUUAUAGCGGAAAAAGAACAGAUCAUAUUGGAAGCAGCAGGCAAACUGGAGGAGCUGGCAAGGUUAAAAAAGAUCCUGAAAGAGAAAGAGGAUCUAAAUAAAGCGUUUGCUGAGAAGCUGGAUCAGAGUGAGCUGCAGCUUGAAGAGACAAGGAAGAAACUAGCUGUUUUGGAAGCUGAAAAUCAAGCUCUGAAAUUGUCUAACAAUGAAUUAACUGAGAAGGCCGCUACCUUAAAAGAGAAGUUAUUAAAACAAGAUGCUGCCUUGGAAAAGAUGCAGCUGGACCUUGAGCAGACAAAUGAAGAGCUGGAUAGACUAAAUACAAGUCAUCUGGAAGAGCGGUCUCAGCUUAUUUAUGACCUACAGAGGUGUGAGAGAGAAAUGGACGUCCUACGAGAAGUUUUGCAGGAAAAAGAUAAAGAACUAGCGUCCCUUUCCUCCAGCUUGACUGAAUACAAUGAGCAAGUGGUCAUCUUGAAAGAGCAAAUUGACUUAAAAAACGAACAGAUGAGAGAGAUGUCCGAUGCCCUUGUGAAAGCAGAGCGGGAAAGUCAGCUUCUGAGAGAGGCACAGACAUCGGAUACGCUGGAAAUGAGCGACAAGAUUUCUUCCCUUACAGAUCAGCUUAGUGAGAUGGAUAUGGAAUUAAAUAAAGCAAAAUACCUCAGUGAGACAAAAGCUAAGGAAGCAGAAGAACUAAUUAGACAAAUCAAUGAGAACGGCAUCACAAUUAAGAACCUUCGUUCAGAGAUUCAGGCGCAGUCAGCUACGCACAAUAACCAUGCCAUAGAGUGCUCAACACAAAUUACAUCCCUUAAACAGCAGAUUAAUGCAUCUGUUGCUAAACUCGACGAAACAGAAACAAAAUACAGAAAGGAAAUCGAAAGCCUAAAAUUGCAAUUAGAAAGCGAUGUUUCGGAGAGAGAAAAGAUUGCGGGGCUGCUGGCGGAAAAGAGCAGCCAAGAGCGGAGUUUUGAAAACGAAUUGAAGGUGGCAAAAGAGCAAUACAACAACUUAGUUUCUGGGAUAUCAAAAAAAGAUGAGGAGAUCGAAAAACUCUUGACUGAAGUUGCCGAGCAAAAGAAAUUUUGUGAUCAUCUGAGGAAGGAGCUACAAAUCAAAGAGAAGGAUGCUUCAUCUUUACAGGAAAAGCUUUUAGCAGAUAUUAAGGACAGGGAGGAGAAACUGAGGGGUUUUCAAGAGAGCACACAGGCUCUUCAGGCGCAACUCAGUGAAAAACUAGAUAACAUUAAUAAAUCGGAUGCAACCAAGAAUGAACUUGUCGAACAGAACAAAAUACUUAAAACAGCACUUUCUGAAAAAGACAAAAAUCUGGAGGUCCAUCUAACUGCUACAGAAGAAUGUAGAAAAAGCAUUCUUGAGUUGGAACAGCACAACCAACAACUGCUCAAUGAGAAGGAACAUUUAGCAAAAGAACUCUCCGAGCAAAAGCAAUUUUAUGAUGAUCUGAAAAAGGAACUGAACAUCAAAGAGGAAAAUUCCUUGUGUCUGCAGCAAAAGCUCGAAAUGGACAUUAAUAACAGGGAUGAAAAGCUGACGGUUCUUGAAGAGCGCGUGCAAGAACUUCAGAAACAACUUGAUGAAGAAUUAGAAAACAUUCAUAAUUUGAACACUGCUAAGGAUGAACUUGACAAACGGAACAAAAUUCUUGAAGUAGCUCUUGCCGAAAGAGAGAAAAAUCUAUCAGUCCAUCUAAACAAAACGGAGGAAUGUAGAAAACACAUUCUUGACUUGGAGCAGCAGAAACAGCAACUGUACAGCGAAAAAGAACAUUUAGUAGAAGAAUUGGCCCAGCAAAAGCAGUGUUGCGAUCAUCUGACUGCCGAUCUUCAAGCCACAGAGCAAAAGGCUUCAACUUUCCAGCAAAAACAUGAAGCACACCUUAAGGACAGGGAUGAACAGCUGAGGGUUCUUCAGGAGAGCACACAAAAGCUUCAGAAGCAGCUUGAGGAAAAAGUAGAACACAUUAAUACAUUGGAUGCAGCUAAGAAUGAACUGUGUGAACAAAAAAAGAAGCUUGAAUCAUCUCUUGCAGAGAAAAACGAAAACCUGGGAGUUUAUCAGAACUCGGCAGAAGAAUUAAGAAGGAACAUUGUUGACUUGGAGCAGCAGAAGCAACAGUUGCAUAGCGAGAAAGAGCAUAUAAGGCAAGAACUGAGUGCUAGAGAAUCUGCAUUGUUGUCCCUGAACCAAGUGCUGCACGACUUGCAGGGGAAAAUGUCUGAAAUGGAGCUCCUCUUAAUGGAAGAGAAGAAAUGGGUCUCUCAGCUGACACUGGAUAAAGAGGAACUGCAGUUAAAAAUCAGUCACAUGUCUGAGCAAAGUUUGGAGAGAGAUACCGUCAUCUCAAAGCAACUGGAAGAUAAAGCAUUGGAGAGCUUUAGUUUAAAGGACCAGUUAUCCGAGGAAAAGCAGAAUGCCAUAAAUUUACUAAAUCAGAUUCACGUUCAAGAAAAUCAGCUAAAGGAGUCUCAAAAACGAGUUCAGCAGAGUGUCGAGGAACUUGAAUUAAUGAAGGUCGAAUAUAAUACUAUCUUUGAAAGUCUCAAGCAAAACGAAGAAAGAAACGUUGAGCUGCAAAAGCAUGUUGAAGAGCUGACAACUGCUCUUGGGAGGGAGAAUCAAGCACUUAAAGCUGAACUAGAACAAUGGAAAGCUAGCUUUGCAGCUCUGCAAAAUGAAGAAAAUAUUCUCAGAGAGGAACACAAAAGAGUUUCCCUGCAGAUAACAGAGCUAAGUGCAGAACUUCUGAAGCUGAACGUGGAUCGAGACAGACUACAGCAGGAGGCUGUUCAGAAAACCGAAGAAAAUGCAUCUUUGCUCAAAAGCCUGGACAGUAUUAAUGUUGUUGCAGAUACAUUAAAAAGAGAAAAAGAGGAGGCCUUGUCUCUAAUAAUCAGCACUGAGACCCAACGUGACAGUCUUCAAUCACUUCUGCUGCAAAGCCAGCUAGAAACAGACACAUUAAAGAAGGAAUUAGACAAUUUCAAGGCUGACAACGUAAACCUGCAUUCUGAGAUUGAGCGUGUCAACAAUACCUUGGCCAACAAAUCGGAAGAAAUCCGUGUUUUGACUUCACAUUUAUCCCAGCAGGCAAACUCAAUAUCAUCUUUGAAAGACCACAUUGAUACUGUACUUGUUGAAAAGCAGACAUUGCUGAAUACUGUUGAGGAGAAAGAAACACUUGUUCGCCAGAAGGAAGAACUGAUUCAGCUCGCAGAGAAAAAACGGGAAGGUGAAAGUCAUUACCUACAGAAAAUUUCGGAUCUCCAGAAUGAGGUGCAAAGUUCAGUCUCCGAACGCAUGCAACUGCAGCACACAAUUAAAGAGCGGGAAGUGAAACUGACAAAUCUAGCGCAGGAACUCAAGUUGUACAAGGAUAAAAGUGAGGAAGCACAGCUGGUAAAAGUGCAGUUAGCUGAGCAGGUGGAGGUCAUUUCUGAUCUUCACUGUCAGAUCAAAAGCCUCAGGGAAAGAGAAGAUGAAUUAAACAUAGCUCUGAAUGAAAAAGCGGAAUCUCUAAAAGAAAAGGUUGAUAGUUUUGUAAAUCUAAAUGCGUUGUAUGUAGGUGUCCAGGAAACCUUAGACAAUCAGAAAAAGCAGAUAGACAGUCUCUUAACCGAGAGUGAAAAUUAUAAAACACUUUUAUCCGAAAAAGACUCCGCAAUACAAAAAUCAGGAGCCGACUAUGAAGAAAUCAAAAUCAAUAUGGCCGAUAAGGAAAGACUGUGUGAAAACCUAAGACAGCAGGUCGCGGAACUGGAACUAAUCAACACAAGUCAGAAUAAGGAGUUGAGUGAAAUAAAUCUUAAAGUGAUAGAAAAUGGAAAUUCCCUCUUGGCCAAAGAGAGCAGAAUACAGGAGCUUGCCUACAAAGUAAGCGAUUUGGAGUGGUCAGUUGUGGAAAAGGAAUCUGCCGUGCAGAACUUGCAGGAGAAAUAUGCGUUGUUGCAUGACUGUAAACUGGAACUUGAGCAAUCGGUGGUCGUAAAGGAAGAAGAGAUUUCUCGACUUCUGUACACUGCACGGGAGAAAGAUGAGCGGUUGCAAGCGACGGAGGCUAACGCUCAAGACGAAAUUGGUCUUUUAAGGGAAGAAUUACACCGAUACACCUCUAACUUAAAGGAUACCUCCAUCACACUCCAAGAAAAAGAUGAAGCUAUGCUUCAGAAACAGCAGAUGGUUCAGACUAUGGAAUUACAGCUGAAUUCUGUGACGGAAGCGAAUGAGAUGACCACUUCUCAGCUACAUUCCCUAACUCGUGAAAAAGAGCAGCAAAACUUGCUUAUACAGCAACUCCAAGAGAAAUGUAACUCACAGUCCCAACAAAUUAUAGACCUUAAGUCUGAUGCGGAUCUGUUAAACGCUAAAUUACUUAAAACUGUCAGUGAGCAUGCCCUUCAGAAAGAACAGUAUGAUUUGCAGGUUCAGUCUGCAAAGCAACAAAGCACCCAUUUAGAAAACGAGUUGCAAGCAUUGCAGGCAGAAAAGGAGCACUCCAUGGGAUCUCUGCAAAUACAGUUAACCAAGAAAGCAGAUGCCAUUAAAGAACUCAAGGAAAAACUUGAUUUGCAUGUAAAGGAAGCGGAAACUCAAUUAUGCUCCAGCAUCCUUCAACUGAAGACCGAAAAUUCUGACCUUCAGAAGCAGGUUAGUGCACGGGCUGAAGAGAUAUUGGCAUUGAAACUGAAUAUAGAAACUCUAGAACAUAAUCAUGCUGAACAGCAGCAACAAUCAGAAAAUGCAUUGCUUAAAGUUAACGAGGAAAACGAUACACUUGCUAACCGUAAAGUCAGUUUAGAAAGUGAAAUCCAAAUGAAAGAAAAUAUGAUGCAAACUUUGCUUAAAGAUAUGCGUUUUGUAGAAGAGCAAUUAAGUAUGCUCUGUGACGAAAAUCUCCCAGACUGUCCGUCGUUUGGCGAUGGUUCCAGUUACAAUAGCAAAUUAGAAGGGCUUUGUUCUAUGUUUUCCGUAGCAUUAAAACACAAGUCAGACAUGGCAGAGUUAAAGCAAAUCCUUGAGACCAAAGAUCAUGAAAUUGAUCAAAAGUCAGCAUCAGUUCAAUCACUUGAGAAAGAAUUAGCUGCUGUGCAAGACGAGUUACAAAUUUUGAGAGAUGGUAGUACGACGGAAAAAGAAUUUCUCAUGAAAGAAAUAGGCGCUUUUAAAUUUACAAGUCACCAACAAGAACGCCUUCUACAAGAGAGAGAAGAGAUAAACACACUUGUUGCAACCCUUCAGGAGGAGCAAAAGGCUUCAAAAGCUGAGCUUGAAAAAUGUUACAGGGCAAUAGACAAGGAAACAAAUAAGGUGAAGGAGCUUUUAGAGGAUGCAAAGAAUAAAGAAAUGCUCAUAGAAAAUCUCAGUAUACAGCUGAACCAACAGAAGGAGCUGAUCACAGCACUAAGUGAACAAAUAAAAGACAAAGAUGCUUCCAUUAUGCAAGUCAUGGAAUCCAUGUCUAAUGAUAUAGUCAAGUCUUCCGAAGAGAGAGAUACUUUGAACUCGGAGAUUCAAAAAUUACAGUCAGAAAUAAAUGGGCUCUCUGAGAAACUGGAAGCUUGUAAAACCGAGUUGCAAAGUUCUCAGGCAACAGUGGCUGAAAAGGAAGUGUCUUUAAGUAAUUUGGUUAAUGAAAAAGACAAGAUGCAGCUUCAAUUGGAGAAAUUCAGCAAAGAAAAAGAGAACAUGAAAAGAAAACUGCAGGCAGCUCUGGUGGUUAGGAAAGAUUUAAUUAAAAAACUUGAAACUAUAGAGAAAACCAAACAAGAGGAAGUAAAUAAUAAAGACAUUAAGAUCGAAGAGAUCAAGGGUAACGCUGAAGAGCUAAAUUCCAAACUAGCCUAUGAGCGGCGUCAGAAAGAAGAUCUUAAAUCUCAAAUAGAACAUCUCAUGCAAGAAUCAAUGGAGAAAGACAGAAGAACAAGUGAGUUACUUCAUGAUCUAAAUGAAAAAGAAACCCAUUUGAAAGAAAUACAGGAUCAAGCCCUUGUGUUACAGCACCGCCUAUCUGAAAAAGAAAACAUAUGUGAAGAAUAUAAGCGAGCCGCCCAGGUAAACGAAAUUAACAUUUCCCAAAUUCGUGAAAUGAGCGAGAAGAUAAAAACUUUGGAGGAGGAAAACUUGCAGCUCCACCAAAAUAUUGAAACGCUAAAAUCCGAUCUUGAAAAGAACCAAAACCACAUGUCUCCUGUGGAGCCUCAAGCAUCAAUCAAUCCAAACAAACCGGACGAUGCUUUGCAUCAGGAAAAAACAGUUGUGCACAAUAAUGUUCAUGCAUCUCUAUUAUGCAGUGAGCAAGACACAGAUAUACCAACCAGGGAUGACUAUGCCAAACUGCUUGAAGAUUUGAAUCAUGGUGCUAAAGAAUUGGAACACCUAAAGACAGAACAUGCUGAUUUGCAAAAGACAUGUCAAACCCUAUACAAAGUGAAUGAAGAAAGUGAAAAGCAGGUACAUAUUUUACAGCAGCAGAUACAUUUUCAGCAAGAGCAGCUGACUAACAAAGAACAUUUAGCCGAAACACAGAGACAAAAAAUUGAAAGUAUUCUACAGGCGUUAAGUAAAAAAGAACAGCAUGAAAACAUUGUUUUGGAGCUCACGUCGAACAUUGAAGAAAAGGAUUCACAGCUGGGUCAUUUAUGCUCUGAAAAGGCAAAGUUGUUAGAUGAAAACCAAAUGUUAAAGGACAAAAUGCAAAAGCUGUUGGCUGAGCAUGAAGUAAAACUAGAGGAGGUCCACAACAUGAAGAGUGCAUUGCAACGGUUAGAUCAAUAUGAAACAGAUAAAGAAAUGAUGGCCACUGAGAUUAGGCUACUCCAGCAGAAGCUUGAAAGCUCCCAACUGGUUGUUCAACAGAUAGGCCAAGAAAGGGAUACAUAUUUUGAAGCUCAGAGAAUGAAGCAAGUAGAUAUUGAACAGCUGAAAGAUGAACUUGUUUUGGCAAGCCAAGAUUUGUUGGAAAAGGGUACAGAGCUUGCAAGAGUGCAGGAUUUACUUCAGGAAAAUAUAAGAACUUCCAGCUCUGAUGUUGGAGAACUUCAGAACAAAUUAACAAAGACUGAACAUGAGGCAAUAGAACUCCAGAAUGCAUUUGAUAAAAUGAAAGAAGAAAUGAGCAUAUAUGUUAGUAAACUGGAGAGGGCAAAUACUGAAAUAUUCGACCUGCAAUUAAAGUUGAAGGACUACUCUAAGGAAGAUGAGACCUUAAUACAAAGGAGCAGCACGCAAUCACUCGGCAUUCACUAUGGUGACCUGGAAAAUGUUUCUGAUGCAGAGCCACAAAGGUGUCAUAGUUGCUCAGCAAAGGAAACCAUGAUUGAAGAGCUCAAGAGGCAGGUUCUGCAGAACUCCAAAGCAAUGUCAGAACCCAUGCAACAGCAAGAAAGCAAAAGCUCAGAGUUAUCGGCCCCCAAAGAGCAAUUACAAAGAAAGUUGCAAGCAGCACUUAUAUCUCGCAAAGAAGUGUUGAAAGAGAGCAAACUAUUGAAACAAAACGUAGAAUCCCUAAGAGCAGAAAUGGCUGGACUUCAGCAGUCCUUUGCUGAAGCCCAUGAAAAGAAGAGUUCUGAAAUAUGUUUACUCUCUCGGGAGAAGGAAGACCUACUUACUGAGAAAAACAAACUUUUAUCUGUCAAUGAAAAUCUUUCUGCAGCCUGUGACAGUCUAAAAACUACAAUGGAAACAAUAGUUCAGGAAAAGGAAGCUUUUUCCUUCCAGUUAAACUCUCUUAAGGAUUCCCAAACCGUUGAGUUGUCUGGAUGGAAAGCUAGGCAUGCUGAAUUAAAUAAGGAGUAUGAGUCCCUUCUCCAAGCAUAUGAAAACAUUGGUGAUGAAAUGUAUAAAAUGAGACAGGUCAUAGAAAUGACCAAGAAAGAAAAGAAUGAACUACUUCGUAGAGGUUAUGGCUUCCAGACUGAGAAUCAUGAUCUGGUAAUGCAAAUUGAAGAAAAUAGUGAUGAAACAGACAGACUGAGAACAAUGCUGGAAUGCAGAGAACAAGAUAUCAAGAUGUUAGAGAAUGAAGUGGAUAGGAUUACUGCUUUGGAUAAAACACCUGCUGAAGUGCUGCAUCGCCUCAAAGAGCUUUCAAAUGAAAACAAUCAACUCACGGAAGAGAAUAGAAGAUUGGUAGAAACCUGUGAACUUAUAAAGAUAUCCAGUAAAAGUAUUGAGGAGGAAAAUAAUAACCUGCUGAUUAGUAAGAAUUCUUUGGAAAACUCACAAAUUGAAAUGGAUGCGUACAAACAUGAAAUGGAGAUUAAGAUGUCUGAAUUGCUUUCUGUAAAAGAAGAGCUGUCUAAGACAGUUGCCGGGUUGAACAUGGAGCUAGCAGAGAGCAGAGAUAGCUUGGCUGACGUUUCUACAGAAAGAUCUCAAAUUGUAGAAGAGCAGGAGAAACUUAAACUUAUGCUGAAAGAACAAAUGGGUGCUGUCUUGAAACUGGAAAGUGACUUAAAUGUCCUGCAUUUAGAAAAGAUCAACCUUGAUGAAAAAGUCAAAAUCUUAGAAGACGACAAGUCAAUCCUACAAGAGGAAAUCGAAAGUGUCCAAGAGCAGUUCUGCAAAGUGAAGAACGAGAAGGAGUUUUUAGAGGCAGACCUACUGAAUGCUGCAAGAAACAACAAACAGUUAACGGAAACGUUUAAAUCCUUACAAGUACAAACCAAUUCCUUAAGUCAACAGGUGGAGUGUCUGAGGUCAGAGAAGAACAACAUCAUGAGAGAAAAAGAAGAACACCAGUUGCAGAUUCUACGUGAACUUGAGCAAAGAGUAAAGUGCGCCCAAGAUGACAACUGGGGAACCAAAAGCAAAUCCAAAGAGUUGCAAGAACUCCUCAAGGAGAAGCAGCAAGAAAUCAGCCAGCUGCAACGAGACUCCAUACGAUUUCAGGAGCUGAUCCUAGAUCUAGAGGGAUCUGUAAAGGAGUCCAGUACUCAGAAUGAAAGUCUCAAGGCGCAACUUGACAAAACUGUAGUCACACUAGAGAGCGUGUGUAAAGAAGCGAGCUCCUUAAAUAAGGAGCUUUCAAAUAAAAAGCAUACGUUGGAAAGUGGUAAGGAUCAAAUAGCAAGACUAACUGCAGAGCUCCAAGGUGUCAGAUCUCUGCUUGUGGAGAGGGGCUUUGAACUGAUUGAGGAGCAAUCAGGUGAAGUGGAUAGAGGAGGGAAAUUACCAAGGACAGAUAAUGGUGAUGAAUUUGCUUCAUAUUAUAAGGCAAGUAGUGAAGAAUACAUGUUAAUCAAGGACAAGUAUGCCUUAAAUGGUACCGGAGUUUGGGAUGAUGGCGCAGAAGGCAGGCUUCAAGAGCUUGCAGAAACUCAUCCCAUUCAGCAGGCUCAAAAAAUACCCAAAUCAGAACAUCUGUAUCAUAAACAGUCUGUGGGGAAUAACAUUGAUUUGGAAAGCACAGAGAAGAACCUGCAAGCAGAACUAGCAAAGAAAGAGACUGAUUUGCAAGAGAUUAUGUCAGAGCGAGAUAAAAUGAGAGCAGAUUUAGAAAAGCAGGUGAGCAUUUCAGAACACAUGAAGCAGAUUCUUAACGACAAAGAUGCAGAAAUAUCUAUGCUCCUAUCCUCUAAAGAUGGGCCGAUAUCUAACUACUUAGAACAAAUACAGGGGCAAUAUCGUAAGCGCCUGGAAGAGUAUGAGCAGCAGCUAAAUUCCUUCCAAGAAGAGAAGGAAAGGUCAAGAAUGGAAUACCAGAGGACCAAGAACGCAUCAAAGGAGCUGCAAGCAAAGUAUGAAAAAGCCAUCAAUGACAACACACUGAUUUCCAGCGAAAUUGAGUCCUUCAGAAAGUCAAUGUCUUCUCUUCAGUCUGACAGAGACUUGCUCUGCUCAGAAUUUAAAGAUAUUAACGGCCACCAUAAGUCUGUAAUAACAGAGAAAGAGGGUGUGAUUGGGAACACUGUGAGUGAGAACAUUCGCCUUAAGCAAGAACUUAGGAAUUCGGUCAACCAAAUAGAUGAUCUCAACGCUGAAAAUGCUAUGUUGGGAGCGCAACUGAUUAGAUACAGGGAAGAUCUCAAUCAGGUGCUAUCUCUCAAGGACCACCAGUUGAAAGAACUGUUGAGACAAAAACUGGAACAUAUUAAGAACCUUGAGCAAGAAAAAAGCAGUCUCCAGAGGCAAUAUCGAGAGGUGCAGAACGCAAGCACAUUGCUAAAGCAAGAACUUAGUGACUGUAAGCUUGAGAAUGAAAAGUUAUCGGAUAAAGUAAAGGACCAGGAAGCUCUUAUUGCCACCAUUAAUAAAGAGAAGAUUGUCUCCGAAUCCAAAAAGAAGGAGUCGGGAUCCGCAGUGCAAGAAAAGCUGAGCAGUCUUCAACAUGAUGUGUCUGAGAUAGAAAAAAUAGAUAAUACGCACCCAGGAGAAAGUAAUUCCAAACCUAUGGAAAAUCCAACCGAAUUAAAAACCUACUGGGAAAUUUGCAAUGAGAACAAGGAACUUAAAUCUCAAAAUGAGUCCUUUGGAAAAGCCAUGGCUGCCUUGCAGAAUGACAGAGACUCCUUAAUCGAGAACUUCAAGGUUCUGCAGUGGAGAUACAUGUCUGAGCUCAAAGCUGAGAGGCUACGAGGGGACGGCCUCGAGAGGCAGUCAAGUAACUUUAAGUCCCUCGUUUACGGUUUACUGAAAAAGAACUCUCUCCUCGACGACGCUCUAAUUGCAGAGGAAAAUGCAAUUACGCUGGAUCAGCUAGCCGCCAAAGUGGAUUCCAUAUGCAGCACCCUUGCAGGCAAAGUAUUGGAGGUGAACAGGCUGUCCUCUGAAUGCACCGGCUAUCAGCAGCAGAUCAACGCCUUUGCCAAAGCUAUGGCAAGCCUCCAGAACGAUCGAGAACGAUUACUCCAGGAACUUAAAGUAGGGGCCUCAGCUCAUGAAUCUAAACAAGCCGGUGAGCCAAACCAUGCUACUGAGUCUGAAUACCUGACUAUGAAUAUGUCCCAGGCUUCCUCUGGUAAAGACACACAGGUUUCCGCCUCAAGCAGCAGCUCCACAGCCGAAAACACUAAAUUAAGAACAAAGGUGGCUGAGCUUGAGCGGCAACUGUGGCAAAGCAGAAGCUACCAGGACAAAGCGGAACAAGAGAUCAACUCUUACCAGUGUGAGCUGGCGCAGCUAAGAUCUGAAAAGAACCUGCUUGUGACUGAAGUGCAAGCCCUUCAACAUCGCUCUAACACGAGCCUUGCAGAGAAAGAUCGCCAGAUUGCAGAAUUCUCCCAAAUGCACAAAGGCACCGCUCUGGUUCCCAGCACAUUGUAUGGCACAAAGGAGGUGGAGAGGGUUGCCUUAGUAGGAAGUACAGCCGGCACAGAGAAGGUGAAACCAUCUAUGGAUGUCAGUGGUCAGCCAGAGAUUCAGAGAUACCUUCAGGAGAUAAAGGAGAGAGACCAUCUCAUACAGCAGAUCAACUCCAAGGCAAUGGAAUCGGUGCAGAUGAACGCAAUGCUGUCGGCCCAGCUGAAUACGGUCACCCAAGGACUGAAGGAUUCUCAGAUGAGAUACAGCGACCUGCAGAAUCACUACUACAAACUUCAGAGGGACCUCCAGGCAUUGCAGGUUACUAAUCAGAGUGACAUCCAGGCUCAAGUUCCCCCUGGUGCUCCUCAGGAGAGAGCAAGUGUCCUGGUGGAAAUAGAAAAUUCUGAAUUCAUCGACCUACGAAGAAGGCUUGUGGAGAGUGAGCAUCUGUACGACACCAUUCAGCAAGAGCUGUCACAUCUGUCGGAGAGAUUAGCAGAGGAAAGGGCACUGAGAGAGGCGGCUGAAGAUGCUCUGCAGCUUGCAGAGCAACAGAACAAAAGCCUGGAAAUGAAGACUUCAUCCAGAGAUUACGAGUUCUCUCUUCAGAUGGAGUCGGAUGAUGAACGGGAAGCGUUGAUAAUUGAUCCUGCGCAGCAUGUCAUGGUUAGAAAGAUGAAAGGAGGAGCACUUUCUCUACGGAGGUGGUUGCGUGGUCGAAGCCUGUACUGUUCCAAGUUGUUGACGUCCAGGUCGAAAACCCGUUACCUUUUCCUGGGAUACCUGUUGGUGUUACACGCCGCCGUCCUUAUGUGCCUGACUGGUGUGCUAUAGUCAGGCGUCGGUUCCAGGCUUGUGCGGUUACUCGAGGGUUAACUGAACAGGUAUUAUGUCUCGAUUUUGGGACAGGCUCUGCAACACAAAGGAUUUUGCACUGCAUAGAGGAAUGAGCGGUACAGGAGUGCGGGACACUGCGGGUUAUCACUACUGACUUUCGCAUGCAGGGUGACGAGUUCAGGAGGAGGGGAUUGUGGGUAAUACAGGUGCAGCUGCUUCACACUCACUACAGGUUAUGGGUCAGUACAGACUGGUAAGCAGAGCAAUGU